GGCUCACCUUCCCCUCUCCCCCACCUCCACUCCACCACCGCGCCCGCGCGCCCCCGCCCCGCACUCGAAUGCCACGAGACUGACCUCUCCUCGUCGCCGCGAUGCCCGCGCCGACCGCCGAGCCGGCGCUCCCGGCGGCCUUCCUGUGCGUCCCGUCCCCGCUCCUCUCCGCGCCGCUCCCCGGCGCCGCACUCUCCGUCUCCGCCUCCCCCGCGCCCUCCUCCUCCCACCGUGCCUCCUUCCUCCCGCGCCGCGGGCCCCGAGCGCUCUCCGUCGCCAUCUCCGUGCCGGGCCCCACUUCCUCCGCGGCGGCGUCGCGGCUCCACCAGAUGUGGGGCGAGUUCGCGCGGUUCGUGCGGCUGCACGGGAACCAAAUCGCGCCGCUCGGGUUCGCGUCCCUGGGCGUGGGUCUCGGCGCCGGCGGCGGUGGCGGGGGUAACGCCGGGGAUGGGGGAGGAGGAGGGGGCGGAGGGGAUGUGGAUGGGGUAGGCGAGGUGGAGGAGGCCGCGGCGCGGGCCGAGGCGCCGAAGAAGGUGCUCAUCCUCAUGAGCGACACGGGCGGCGGUCACCGCGCGUCUGCCGAGGCCAUCAAGUCUGCCUUCACCCAGGAGUUCGGCGACGACUAUCAGGUAUUUGUCACUGAUCUGUGGACCGACCACACUCCAUGGCCAUUUAAUCAACUGCCUAGGAGCUAUAGUUUUUUGGUGAAACAUGGACCCUUGUGGAAGAUGACAUACUAUGGUACUGCACCACGUGUAAUCCAUCAACCUCAUUUUGCUGCAACAUCCACAUUCAUAGCAAGAGAGGUUGCAAAAGGUCUAUUAAAGUACCAACCAGAUGUAAUUAUCAGUGUACACCCUUUAAUGCAACAUGUGCCCCUCCGAAUUCUAAGAUCCAAAGGUCUCUUGGAUAAGAUCCCAUUCACAACUGUUAUCACGGAUCUCAGCACCUGUCACCCAACAUGGUUCCAUAAGCUUGUCACUAGAUGUUACUGUCCAUCAACUGAGGUGGAAAAGAGAGCACUAAAAGCUGGUCUGAAGCCCUCACAGAUUAAAGUCUAUGGCCUCCCGGUUCGACCCUCUUUUGUCAAACCUAUUCGGCCGAAGGAUGAACUGCGAAGAGACUUAGGCAUGGAUGAAGAUCUGCCUGCUGUUUUAUUAAUGGGUGGGGGUGAAGGGAUGGGUCCUAUUGAGGCCACUGCUAAAGCGCUUGGUGAUUCUCUGUAUGAUGAAAACCUAGGGGAACCCACUGGUCAAAUACUUGUAAUUUGUGGGCGUAAUAAGAAGCUGGUCAAUCGAUUGCAGUCGAUAAGUUGGAAAGUUCCAGUUCAGGUGAAAGGCUUUGUUACAAAGAUGGAAGAAUGUAUGGGUGCUUGUGAUUGUAUCAUCACAAAGGCAGGACCUGGUACAAUUGCAGAGGCGAUGAUCCGUGGCUUACCAAUUAUUCUAAAUGGUUAUAUUGCUGGACAGGAAGCUGGCAAUGUCCCGUACGUUGUUGAAAAUGGAUGUGGAAAGUUCUCGAAAUCUCCAGAACAGAUCGCGAAGAUAGUUGCCGACUGGUUCGGCCCAAGGUCAGACGAACUCAGAGUAAUGUCCCAGAAUGCCCUCAAACUAGCACGACCGGAUGCUGUGUUCAAAAUCGUCCACGAUCUGCACGAGCUCGUUAGGCAAAAAUGUUUUGUACCCCAAUAUGCAUGCGCAACAUAGAAGGUCGUAUCCUCUAUUUUGUGUUUACUUCAUUUUUUUUUACCCCGAUGCGGCACUAGUUGUAGCUGAUUGUGAGGAUUGCAAAUAUUGAUUGAUUUCAAACGUCUCCAUAAGAGAAAUGAAAAAUGUAUUUGAGUGCUCUAGUUUAAUUUUCCAAAAUACUUGUUUGUUUCUGGGACUCAA